CCUUAGUCCUUACAUCACACACACACAGUCACACACACACAACCCAAUCAAAUCUCACAAAAUGGAUCACCACCACAACAAUGCUCCCAGCCACCACCAAUCAACACCGCAACCUGCCGUCGCAGUCCACCAUGCUCCCGCCCAGACCCACCACCAAUCCUCAUCACAACCUGCAGCUGUCCAACAUGUCUCUCAUCAGAGCCCUAAAUACACUGACAACAAACCCACUGUUAGGUUUUACAGCAAGAUCAAGACUGAUUACUCACUCACCAUCCGUAACGGAGAAGCCGUUCUUGCACCCACCAACCCCUCCGAUCCUCAUCAGCAUUGGAUAAAAGAAGAGAAGCUUAGCACGAAAGUCAAAGAUGAAGAAGGUUUUCCCUCUUUUGCUCUGAUUAAUAAAGCUACUGGACAGGCUCUGAAGCAUGCUACCGGUGCCGCUAAACCAGUUCAGUUGACGGAAUACAACCCAGAUAGGGUUGAUGAGUCUGUUCUUUGGACACAAAGCAAGGAUUUGGGAGAUGGUUUUCACUCAGUAAGAAUGGUGAACAAGAUUAAGCUUAAUAUAGAUGCAUCUAUCGGUGACACUGGUAUUCAUGAUGGGACCAAAAUUCUUUGUUGGGAGUGGACUAAAGGUGAUAACCAGAGGUGGACGACUGCUCCUUUUUGAUAUGGUGGUCUGGAGUUCCCAUGACUAGAAACAUGGGGUGCUAUGUUGAUGGUGAUGGUGAUAUGUAUGAUUGAAUAAUGUUGUGUUUAAAUAAUAUGUUCAUGUAUUUAAAUAGCACGACAAUCGGACCGUUUACAAGUCUCAAUACCACCACUAGUCCACUAGUAUGUAUUGGACACGUACAUAUGGUUCGUGUUGCUUUUUAUACAUAGAUGUAUGAAUGAGAAUAAUUUUUGUUGGUGUA